GAAGGUCGUGGUUAGCACUCCCCACCACAUUUUUACAACAGCACCACACACCCGGCCGGAGAGUGAGGAAACUCCCCAGCGGACUAUUUAACUACAGAGGUUUCCUUUAGACCGGUAUUUGGUCAAAUAGCUUAUGUUUGUUCGCUAAAUGAAGACCGAGACAAAAGCCCGAAGACCCACACAGGUUGCCCGCAUCCCUCCAGACUCCUGCGUGGCCCUCCAGACGAGCGCAGCUUGCCACAAAGCGGCGGUACCUCCGGUUUAGUGAACAUAAUCCUGUUGCUGAUAUUGUGGGUUCAACAUUUUGUUGGUUUAAACGCUUCCUAUGACUUCUGGUUAUUAUUUUCAGUGCAAAUAGUUAGUGAAAGACUGCCAAUUUUCGGGUUUGAAUUCCUAAGGUCGUUUAUAUUGCAGUUUGUUUCCGUAGCCUAAAGAGGCACGAGAGAUCACAAAGGUGGCUAAUGUUAGCGACUAGCUCGCGACACCAACGAGUUCCAUCUCCGUACGUACCUUCGAGAGGUCGUUCGGUGUGCUUACACCGGACUACUCGCAUUAAGCAGCAGAGCACACAUUCGUAACGGGGAACCAAUUACUAUUUGCCUAGUUAGUUGGCGAUCUUGCUGGACAGGCCAGCUUCCUUGUAUCAAAUAACAAAUGGGCUAGUGUUAGCUAACGCUGACUGAGCUGCUUUAAUAUUGUCGCACAAGUAAGGAAAUUAAAACGUUCAUUUAAUUUCGUAGUUUGUUCUUUUAGAUUAUCCGUAUGAUGGCAUUUUAAUGAAAAUAUACUAAGUUAACAAUCAAGGAAGAUAACUUUAGCUAUUAUAUUUGUAUGUAUCAAUCACAUUUUAGUUUGAUUUGAGUCGCUGAGAGCCAACGAAAAGGACUGGAGUUGGGAUAUCAAUUGACGAUCGGAAUUAAUUCUGUCCCUGGUUUUAACCGGAUUUUUGGCCUCUGGAUCGACGUGGGAGCAGCGGGAUUUCGACGUCCACUCUUAUCUGUCACUGUCGAUAUUUUUUCCUCUCCCUCCUCCCCCACAACCGUUCCCCGUUUCUCUCUCCGAUGCGGAUUGUUGAGUAGCACCGGCAACCAAAUCAAUACGGCAGCCGGACAUGCUGAAGUGUAUCCCUUUGUGGCGCUGUAACCGCCACGUCGAGUCGGUGGACAAGCGACAUUGCAAUUUGCAAAAUGUCCCUGACGAGAUAUUCCGCUACAGCCGCAGUCUGGAAGAGCUUCUCCUCGACGCCAACCAACUCAGAGAUUUACCCAAGCCUUUCUUUAGACUUCUGAACCUGCGGAAGCUGGGCCUGAGUGACAAUGAGAUCCAGAGGCUCCCUCCUGAGGUGGCCAACUUCAUGCAGCUGGUGGAGCUUGACAUCUCCAGAAACGACAUUCCUGAGAUCCCCGAGAGCAUUAAGUUCUGCAAGGCGUUGGAGAUUGCAGACUUCAGUGGAAACCCCCUCUCCAGGUUGCCUGAUGGUUUCACUCAGCUGCGAGGGCUCGCCCACCUGGCCCUCAACGACGUGUCACUGCAGACACUGCCCAACGACAUAGGAAACCUGGCCAACCUGGUGACGCUGGAGCUCAGGGAGAACCUGCUCAAGUCCCUGCCCACGUCGCUCUCUUUUCUGGUGAAACUGGAACAGCUGGACCUGGGCAGCAAUGAACUGGAAGUGUUGCCAGACACACUUGGUGCUCUCCCUAAGCUACGGGAGCUGUGGUUGGACCGUAACCAGCUCUCCUCAUUGCCACCAGAGCUGGGGAACCUGCGGAGGCUGGUGUGUCUAGACAUGUCAGAGAACCGCCUGGAGGAGUUGCCCUCGGAGCUGAGCGGCCUGCUGGCCCUCACUGACCUGCUGCUCACACAAAACCUCCUGGAGGUGGUCCCUGACAGCAUUGGCUCUCUGAAGCAGCUGUCCAUCUUGAAAGUGGACCAGAACCGACUGACCCACCUGAGCGACUCCAUAGGGGAGUGUGAGAACCUGACGGAACUCGUGCUGACCGAGAACCUCUUACAGACUCUGCCUCGCUCGCUGGGCAAGCUGAAGAAGCUGACCAAUCUGAAUGCGGACCGCAACCGGCUGGGCGGCGUGCCCGAUGAGCUGGGCGGCUGCGCCAGCCUCAACGUGCUCUCCCUCAGGGACAACCGUGUGGCCAAGCUGCCUGCCCAGCUGGCCGACGCCACCGAGCUCCACGUGCUAGACGUGGCAGGGAACAGGUUACAGAACCUCCCGUUUGCCCUGGCCAACCUCAACCUGAAGGCCAUGUGGCUGGCAGAGAACCAGUCCCAGCCCAUGCUCAAGUUCCAGACGGAGGAUGAGGAGAGCACCGGGGAGAAGGUGCUCACCUGCUACCUGCUACCCCAGCAGCCUUCCUCUAGCCUGGAGAACCUGCUCCAGAACAGUGUGGACGACAGCUGGACAGACAGCAACCUGAACCGCGUGUCUGUCAUCCAGUUCCAGGAGGAGACCACCAAGCAGGAGGCGGAGGAUGACGAGGCGGCCGCGGAGCGCAGGGGUCUCCAGCGGCGGGCGACACCACACCACAGUGAGCUGAAGGUGAUGAAGAAAGGGAUUGAGGAGAGGAGGAACGAGGCCUACACUUCCAGAGCGGAUGGAGAGACUGAGUCCCCUGGUGCUGAGGAGAAGCGGCUGAGUGAUCUGUCCAAUCAGAGCCACGACUCUGCGGCGUCCAACAGUACGGCCUCGGCCAACUCCCACGAAGAGAGGCGGGGCCUGAUGACCACAGACCUGGUGGGUGGGCGUGGGCCCCAGGAGGUGGAGGCGCUAGAUGAGAUGGAGGUGGAGUACAUAGAGCCCACGGUGCACUUUGCAGAGGAGCCCAUGUACCGGGGUGGGGACGACGAUGAGGAGGGUGAGGAUGGGGUCCCACACGGCUACGAAGAGGAACAACAGAGGCCCCAGUUCCCUACGGAGAAGCAGCGUCUGAUCAGGAAGGACACGCCGCACUACAAGAAGCACUUCAAGAUCACCAAGCUGCCAAAACCCGAGGCGGUGGCCGCGUUACUGCAGGGCUUCAGCCCCGACGCUCACCUGGCCCAACACCCAGCCUCGCACCACACUGCCCCUGAGGAGGAGGAAGAAGAGGAGGAGGAGGAAGAGGAGGAAGAGGAGGAAGGGGAGGAAGGGGAGGAGUGUAUGGUAACUCCACAGCGCCACAACAGGAUAGAAGAGCCAGAGCUGGAGGAUAGGAGUCUGCUUCAUGCCAACUCCUCCCUGCAGCCGGUCAAGGGGGUGUCAUUUGAUCAAGUCAAUAAUCUGCUGAUUGAGCCUGCUCGAAUUGAGGAGGAAGAGCACAACCUGACCAUUCUACGGCAAACUGGGGGUCUGGGCAUCAGCAUAGCCGGAGGAAAGGGAUCCACACCCUACAAGGGGGAUGAUGAGGGCAUCUUCAUCUCCAGGGUGUCUGAGGACGGACCUGCAGCCCGGGCUGGGGUCAAAGUGGGAGACAAACUUCUCGAGGUGAACGGCGUGGCCCUCCAGGGUGCUGAGCACCACACGGCGGUGGAAGCCCUGCGCAGCUCGGGCACCGCCGUCUCCAUGAGCGUCAUCCGGGAGCACAUGGUGGAGCCGGAGAACGCCAUCACCACCACGCCGCUGAGGCCCGAGGACGACUACUUCCCCCGGGAGAGACGGGCCAGCGGGCUGCCCUUCUGCAUGGAGGCCAGCUCCCCCGCAGGCCCCCGACACAGGCGGUCUACCUGCCUGGUCCGCAACGACAAGGGCCUGGGCUUCAGCAUCGCCGGGGGCAAGGGCUCCACAGCCUACCGCACGGGGGACUUGGGGAUCUACAUCUCCCGAAUCGCAGAGGGAGGGGCGGCCCACCGAGACAGCACGCUCCGCGUCGGGGACAGGGUCAUCACGAUCAAUGGUGUAGACAUGACAGAGGCCAGGCAUGACCAGGCAGUAGCGCUGCUUACCGGCACCUCCCCCACCAUCGCCCUCCUGGUGGAGCGCGACCAGGCCGAGCCGGGCACCGCAGGGGGCUCCCCGGGCCUGUCCCGCGCCCGCGCUCACUCCCCCCCACCCCCAGAGCCCUCCGACUCACCCGAUCAGGAGGAGGGCAACGACGACUCGCCCCAUGGGACCCACCUGAGCCGGCCGCUGCAGGACGAGUACCCCAUCGAGGAAGUGAUGUUGGUGAAGGCGGGCGGCCCUCUGGGACUGAGCAUCGUGGGAGGCAGCGACCAUGCCAGUCAUCCGUUCGGCGUCAGCGAGCCUGGUGUCUUCAUCUCGAAGGUGAUCCCGCAUGGCUUGGCGUGUCAGAGUGGGCUGCGGGUCGGGGACAGGAUACUGGAGGUGAACACCAUCGACCUGCGCCACGCCACCCACCAGGAGGCUGUUAAAGCCCUGCUCUCUAACAAACAGGAGAUCCGCAUGCUGGUGCGCAGGGACCCCUCACCGCCGGGGAUGCAGGAGAUAGUGAUCCAGAAGCAGACUGGAGAGAAGCUGGGCAUCAGCAUACGUGGCGGUGCCAAAGGCCACGCUGGUAACCCUUUCGACGCCACCGAUGAGGGCAUCUUCAUAUCCAAGGUGAGCUCCAGUGGUGCAGCGGCCAGAGACGGCCGUCUGCUGGUGGGCAUGCGGAUCCUGGAGGUGAGCAACCACAGCCUGCUGGGCAUGACCCACACGGAGGCCGUGCGUGUGCUCCGCGCCGUGGGAGACACCCUGUUCAUGCUGGUGUGUGACGGCUUCGACCCAGGCAACGCUGCCGCCAUAGAGGCGUCGCCGGGCAUCAUUGCCAACCCAUUUGCGGCGGGCAUCGUGCGUAAGAACAGCAUGGAGAGCAUCUCCUCUAUAGACCGAGACCUGAGUCCGGAGGAGAUGGACAUCCUACAGAAGGAGGUGGAGAUGGCGCGAGAGACGUCCCAGUGGGAGAGAGAAGAGGUGGAGCGCAUGCGCUUGGAGCGUGAGGAGGCUACUCGCCUGCUAGAAGAGGAGACCGAGAACCUGGGCACUGGACCUCUGAAUCUGGAUUACCGGACGCUGGCUGCACUGCCCACCACCGCUCUGCAGAAGGUCAACAGGUUCGCUCCCUCUGUCUGUGUGACUGCCUUCAUGGAGGCCCCCCUGCAGACCCAAUGUUCUGCCCCCUUAGAGCCCCUGGGCUUUGGCCUGGGGCAGCCCUCCACCUCCCUCUACCACGUGGACCCCCAUGCUUUGCCUCAGUCCUGCCCCACUAUGAUCACAGAGGCCGAGCACCUCUACAUGUCCCAGCACUCUCCCAGUCCCGCCAUCACCUCCUUCAAUCAAGAAGCAGCUAGACAGGAAGCCCCGCCUACCGGUGAAGAUGAAGAGGAGGAGAUUCUGGUGGACUCCCAGCCAAUUAACUUCAGCGAGAACCCCUUCCUGGUGGCCAAUCGCAAGGGAAAGGGCCGCCCCCCCUCGGAGUGUAUCCUAUCAGGACCUCCCAUGGGCUACGGGAGCGGUGGCAAGUUGCAGCCCUGGUUGUUCAGCAAGGCACCCUCCACUGAGCACCCCAGGACAGACAGUCCCAUUAGAGAUGCCCCCUACUCACCUAGCACACAACCGCCCAGUGCUCAUUCCUCCACCAGUUCCCUGUGUGCAGGCAGGGAGACCCGCUUCGCAAGCAUUCAUUUCCCCCCCACUGCACUGCCUGCCAAGAAUAACUCUCCAUUGAGUCCCUAUGAGACGAGGCCGGGUUCCAUCCAGCCACUCUCCCGUGGUGGCGGGCGGCCAAGCACCUCGCCAGGCACUCCGGACGGGCACAGCAGAGACGGGCACAGCAGUCCCAACCCCUUCCAGCAUGGCCCCUCCCCCAUCAACUCCCAGACCUCUCUGCAGCCUCGUGCCCCCUCCCCUGACACAAUCGAUGAGUUCUCCCUGAACCCCAAGCAGGCAUACAAGGCGUUUGCCGCCGUGCCUCACUCGCUGGCCAUGCUGGAGCCGCCGCUGCAGGACCUGUAUGGCCAGAGGAACAACAUCCACUCCAACCUGCCUUCUCCUUCUCUAGAGCCUGAGCUGAACAACGAGGUGUUUGAGGAUGAGGUAGAGGGGGACGGAGGACUAGGUGGAGGUCUGGCAGCCCACGUCUCUCCCCGACCCUCCCUCACCUCUGACCGUCGGGACUAUAUGAGUCUGGCAGCAGUGCCACGCCUCUCCAGAGCCUCAAUGGACAUGGUCGUAAAGACGCCAUCUCCUGGGGGCAGAGACAGCCCAGAGCAACGCUCCUUCAGGGACAGACAGAAGUACUUUGAGAUCGACAUGAAGCAGCAGACGCCCGACAGCAAGCCCAAAGGCCGCGUGUCCCUGGUGGGAGCAGAUGACCUGAAGAAGAUGAGGGAGGAGGAAGAGAGGAGAUUUGAGCAGCGGGCGCGGGAGUACCUGAUGGAUGACGAUGAUGAGGAGGAGGACGACCUGGUGACGCAGAUGGGAGUGUUGAAGGCCACGGGCAAGGUGUUGCUGGACGGGGUGGAGUACAAGGUGGAGCCUGUGGCCACGCCCCCCAGGCACUAUAACACGCCCCCCAGCUACAGCGCCACGCCCCCUAGCUACUGUGGCAGCUCAGGGCCUUCGUCAGUUGAUGGUAAAGGAGACUCCCAGAGGAAUUCCUUAGAGGAGAGCUUCAGGUUGGAUCAGCAGCGGCCCAACUCCAUGACUGGUCUGAUCCCAGUGUACCCUGGAGAGUCGGGGGCUCCCAUCCGGACGGCCAAGGCAGAGCGGAGGCAACAGGAGCGGCUGAGGAUGCAGAGUCCAGAGCUGGCCCCGGCCGGAGACAAGGACCUGUCCCCCGCCGAGAAACGGGCUCUGGAGGCCGAGAAGAGAGCCAUGUGGAGGGCAGCAAGGCCCUAUGGCCUAGAGGAGGAUGUUAGGCAGUAUGAGCAGGACCUGGCUAAGAGGCUCUACCAGUCGCGAGUGAGGGCGUCUCAGGGCACCGUGCCGCCCCCUCAGCCCCAAAACGCUGCCGCUUCCUCCGCUGCCUCCCAGCUCAGGAUGAAGUCUCUGGAGCAGGAUGCUCUGAAGGCUCAGAUGGUCAUCGCUAAGUCUCGGGAGGGAAAGAAGCGUGGCACACUAGACCAGCUGGCCGAGUCACCCUCGCCCGCCCCCACGCCAUCCCCUACCCCUCUGGAAGAUUUCAGUCCCAGAGGAGUGACGUCACCAGGCAGACUGUCCCUGUCGGAAAAGAAGUUUGACUACCGACAGUUUGCUGCCAUUCCUUCUUCCAAACCCGUAUACGACAUCCAGUCCCCUGACACGGUCGACGACUUUCAGUUCAUUGACGACGGCUCCAGUAACCCUGUGCCCGCUGAGGUCCCCACUGCCACCUCAACGCUGGAGGAGAUGGCCCUCUACAGAAACAAGCGCAAGCUGAGGCAGGGCCGCCGCAGCCUGGAGACCGCCGUGCCCACAUAACACCUCACACACCUACCGCAGGAGACUCAGGUGUGACACACACACACACACGCACAGGUGGCGCUGAGUCAUUAUACACUACACACACACAAGUUUGGGAGAUGCGUCCCAUGUAACCACUGCAGAGACUAUGAUGCUGAUAAUCAACAAACACACAUACCAUGUCAUGUCCUGCGUGCCAGUCUUGCCUUGACAGUCUGAGGAUGAGUUGGCAUCAACACAAGGCCCAACGAGGGCCUGUGAGGCUAGCAUUUCGUUUCAACGUUUUCCUUUUCAUUUGGGUUAUUUUUCUUCAGUUUGCGUUUUAGAAGCUGAAUUAUAUUAACAGGCGACUUAUGUUUUUAUUUUAGCGCCUCUGAUUUUUUGCCGUUUUAAAAGAAAAAUGUGUUCUGGAAGAGCAAUGGAGAAGAAAAAAAAAGAAAUGUGUAGCUGUAAUACUAACUUUUCAGAUGCUAUUUUGGAGGAUUUCAGUGAAUAGAUUGUGAAAUGUCAGGGUUUUUAGCGGGCUUUGGGAGUGUAUAUAUUGUAGGAGGUGGGAACAUACUGCUACCUUCACUGCCACGUGUGCAAUGCAUUUUAAACACUACGUACAUAUCUCGAUUGCACUGCCGUACUGCUUAGAAAACAUUUUCAUCUUUUUAAAUAAUUUAUUUUGCUUGCGUUUUAUUACUCUAAUCUGAAGCCUCCCCUGUAAUACAUUGUUGUUAAUCCCUGUACAACCAAACAAUGGCGUGGCGCAUAGCAUUUUAUUUAUCCUAAUGACAUCAAAGCAUAUGGUAUCAUAUUCAUAAUGAUCUUAUGAGGCAACCGCCUUUUUUAAUCAUUCUCAACCCGCUUCUUUUUUUGGGGGGGCUAAUAAAUACAUUUGUUUUCACUUUGUAAACCAGGUUCUGACUGAUGAAACGUCCCUAAUGUAGCAUGGUACAUGUACGGGCUGUCACAUACUCUUGUAGGGAAACUGAUCUCAGUACAGUUUGAUAUCAGUGGACCAGUGUAAAGGAGCUGUCCUAGACCAGGUUUAUGAGUGUCAGAAUCCCAUUCUAGAGAAUGUAACGACACUGGAGAGACCAGCAGACAUGCAUAUAUUGACAGAAAUCUGAUGAGCCUCUAGUCCUAAUUCAAAAUGCCUGUCAAUUUGUGAACAUAAACUCAGUAUCAGAUUCAUCUCCAUUGACAUUAUAUACGGUACUUUCCCAGCCCUUUUUGGGACAUAAUUUGUCAAUGUGAAUCUCACUCAUAUCUUUCAUAUCUGGAUAGUAUUCUAGAUUUGGCAGGUGAAGGUAGCAGGUGUUUGCUUAUUUUUGUAUCUGUCUUUGGUUAAUUUAAAUCUGACGCCACUGAAAAUCCUUUAUCAUUGUGUGAAUAAUGUACAAAAUACUAAAAGGAAAGCAAAACUUAACGGUCGGAACUGAGCCAGUCUACGAAGCCACGACCAAGCAAGUGUCUGGACUGGGGAGCUCUCACUCUUGCUCUCUCGCCUUUGCUCUUUUUUUCUCUCACUCUCUUUUUCUCUCGCUCUCUCUGCAUGUAUAUUGGCUUUACUGUGAGAACCUGUAGAGGCAGAAAACAUUUUGUUAAUCCCUCUCAAUCUCAUUCGACCAUCAUUCUCAAUCUCUUUCCUCUGCUUUACCUGCUGCUGUCAGUGGAUGUUAUCUGAUUGCAGGAUUAUUGGAGAAGCGCGUUUUAAUCAUAGCUUUCUGUGUUGCUCUCCCUGACUGAAAUUCAGUUAGGUUGAUAACAUUUGCAAAUGGCUGAUUUUCUUAGUAGGUAAAACUUUCCAGACAACAGGAUUCACUACAUUUUUAAGGCAGAACUGUUUGAUCUCUUCUUGAAUUAUCUUGGGGCUGUUGUUUUUUCCAAAUGGGUCGGAGGAGAAGGGCAGAAGUGCUGGGGUCAAGGGUUAGAGCUCAUCCAAGACUGUAACUAGUGAAUUUGUACAACCAAAGAAGUCUAUUUUGUCGUUCAGGAACAAUAAAAUUUACUUUUCAUUUAACAAACUGA